AUGGGGUGUUCGUGGAAGUCUGUGGUGCUCUUGGUGUUUGCAUUGACGAUCGUUCAGUACGUGGUCAUACAAACUUUAACCUCCACCUCCUACUGGUUAUGCCCCGCCCACUCCAGAACCAGCCCCGCCCACUCUUCUUCUGAUCCCGCCUUCAAGAGCGACGACCUGAAAGGCACAAACUCCAGGUCCAGGACACACGUGAUCAUCCUGACCACCACCCGCGCUGGCUCCACCUUCACCGCCGAGCUCCUCAACCAGCACCCGCACGUCUUCUGCCUGUUUGAGCCGCUAUUCCACGUCCAGGACACCGUCACCGGACCCAACAACUUUGACAGAGAGCUGAUCCUGGGGGCGAGUCGUGACCUCUUGUGGAGUCUGUUCCGGUGUGACCUCUUCGCUCUGGAGAGGUACUUCCGUCCGGCCCCUAUCGACCACAUGGUGCCCAACCUGUUCAUGCGGCGCUUCAGCCGGGCCAUGACCCAGCCGCCCGUGUGCCAGGACGACCCCUGUGACCCGGUCAACCUGACCCGAGCUGCCCAGGCCUGUCGAGAGAAGUCCCACGUGGUCUACAAGACGGUGCGAGUGGUGGUGGUGGAAGAGCUGCGCCCCCUGCUGGAGGACCCUCGCCUCAACGUUAAAGUGAUCCAGCUGGUGCGGGACCCUCGGGGGAUCCUCAGCUCCAGGAUAGAGACGUUCUCGCACUGGUACAAACCCUGGAACGUCUGGAAGAGCUCAGGACUCAGACCCGCCUCCCUCCACAUCAACCCCCCACAGUUCAACUCCACCUGCCACGAGCUCCACGCCUCCCUGAAGACCGCCCAACGCCGCCCACGCUGGCUCCGGGGCAGGUACAUGCUGCUGCGCUACGAGGACCUGUGCAGGAACCCUCUGCAGAAGACCAAGGAGAUCUACGACUUUGUGGGUCUGAGCGUGACUCCGAGCGUGGAGGAGUGGAUCCGCGUCAACACCGCCAGCAACGCCUGGGUCGAGGACAAGUACGGCACCAGGCGCGACUCCGCCGCCAACGCCGAGAGCUGGCGCCUCAAGCUGCCCUUCGACAUGGUGCAGCACGUCCAGGAAGAGUGCCGCCACGCGCUCAGCAUCAUGGGAUACCGCGAGGUCCGGUCCCCCCAAGAGCUCCGGGACACGAACGUUUCUCUGGUCCAAGACGAAACCUUUGAGGCGUUGGUUUAG